GAUGAUUUUGUCCCUAAUAUAAACACCAUGUUGGCGGGCAUCGCCAUGACGAGGACUUUGAGCGAAGACCAGAAAAUCAACCUCGACUACUCUCUGAGCGAAAACGUCACGGUGACGUCCAACAGCCUUGACGUGCCUUUCACAGGUGUGGUGUACUACGGUGACAGAAGGCCUGCUUUACCAGCAGCAGGUGUAGAGCCGGUGUUCACAGAAAGUAACCUGAUGGCUUACGUGGGCAUCUCUGAAGACCUGUUUAAAAGCGCCGGCCAGGCGCUCUACAGCCACGGGCCAUUUGAACUGACCGUUCCAGAGGUUAAUUAUCUUACUAAUUCUUUGCUGAAAAAGUUGGGAUUGCCUAAGGGUCCUGUUAAAGUUCAGCUCACUGGGGUGCCAGUCAUCAAAAUCAACAAGGAAGGAAUCUCUGUCAACGUGAAGGCCAUCGCCCAAUCUAAAACCAAAUCACCGCCUCCUCCUCUUCCUGUGGAGUGUCAGUUUGGGAUGAAGGUCAAUUUGAAUGGACGUCAUCUGAUUCUUCAGUCUCUAAGCCCCAAGUGUAAAGCCAACCCUGGAACCAUACUAGGAAAAGUUUUGGUGGGAAUUGCUAACCCCAUACUUAGAUGGAUUCCAUCAAUAAUUACGAGUUGGUUUCAAAUAGGAAUCCAGAUUCCUCUGCCUACUGGACUGGACUUCACUCAGACACAGAUCGAUUAUCAUACUGGCUACUUGGUGAUCGGGGGGGGCCUGAACCUCAAUGGGUAGUGAUGUCAUCCAUCUGUCUUCAACCGCUGAUCCCGGGGUCGGGUCACGGAGCAGCAGCUUCAGUCAGGGACUCCAACUUCUCCUUUUCCGAGCCUUGUUGAUGUCUUUAUUAUUGUUAUUAUUAUUAUUAUUAUUAUUAUUAUUAUUAUUAUUAUUAUUAUUAUUAUUAUUAGUGGCCGAGCAGCAAAGCUGCAGGACCCUGUUGUGUAGGUGUGAAAGUGCCCUUAAUCUAUGUUGUUGUGGGUUUUUUCAAAGCAGCGACGACUGCCCCCCCUCUCAUUUCUAACCAAUUCCAUAAUUGGUCCCCCCCCGGCUGGUACUGACCCAGGUCAUUGUAACUCACAGUGAAAUGGACCCUAGUCUAUCCAGAUCCAACCCGAGUAGAUAGAGGAGGGUUACCACCUGGGUCUAACCCUGGUUGAGUCAUCGCUGUGAAAGGAGCUGUAGGCUACGCUGUGUUCACAGCUAAUGAACCUAACCUAACCUUUGUUUUACAGACAUUUAUAUUCAGUCAGAACCAAAGUGAGAUGUAAUAAUACUAAGGAAAGAACUACCAAACAUAACAGGGCCGUUGUUGGUGCUCGGUCCCUAAUAAUAAAGGACAUUAAAGACAGAAACAGCUCCUGUGAUGAUCCUGUUCUUCUAUUUUCUGUCUCUCAUGUCACUACUGACUUGACAUGUCAGACUUCAGCAGCUGUGAUUCUGUUGUAACAGGACAACAAUGUUCUGUUACAAGGUGUGUCCUGCAUUCUGCUGUACCACUCUUUAUUCUUUCUCUGCAAUAAACAGCUUCAGCAUUA